AACAGUUUCUUCACUUAUUGUAAAGUAAUAAAUGAAACGUUGUUACACCUUACACCGCUAGCGUACCUCGUACUUAAAAUUGUAUAAUUAUUGCAAAAAUAUGCUUGCAUUUAUGCAAUGAGAUUGUUUUACUAAACAUAGAAGGCGCAAACACAGCCAAAAUGUCUAAAUUUAAUCAAAACGCAAAGUUAACCGCACAAAACCAGCUUAUACAAUGGAUAAACGACGCCGGCAUGUCAGAUGGCAAGAAGAAAACGGACCUCUUAAGGAAGAUUUUAGAGAUUCUGGUACACCAGCUACCUGAAAUGAUUCCUGUGUACAUGGAGAACAUUCUAAGCUACAUCAAUGACAAAAACACUGAAGUAAAAAAGCAAGUUGUAACUUUCAUAGAGGAAGUAAGCAAGAUCCAACCUGAACACCUCCCCACCAUAGUAGGGAAGCUGCGAAUAUCAAUCAUAGACACAGUAAUCGCAGUACAGAAACGAGCCAUACAGGCGGCCAGCAUUGUGUACCGGAACUCUCUGCUGUGGCUCUGUGAGAGUGAUGCAGCAUUCACUGAUAAGGAAUAUGUGUGGGAGCAGCUUUCUGCUCUGAAGCUCCUAGUCCUAAACAUGAUAGACAGCGACAACGAGGGUAUCCGCACCCACUCCAUCAAGUUCCUAGAGGAGGUGGUUCUGCUGCAAACGGCUGGAGAGCCUGCUGAAGGGGAGUUCAGUCUGGACAGGCUGCCCAACAGCCUGACUUUUAUCAAGAGGAGGGCUUUGGAAGAGGAGUCAGAGCAUAUCUUCACACUGCUGUUAAAGUUCCACAACUCCCAACACAUCUCUAGCGUCAACCUAAUGGCUUGCAUGACAACUCUGUGUCUCAUAUCCAAGUUCCGACCGAAAUACAUGCCACGAGUCGUACAAGCUCUCGGAGACUUGCACACGACGCUGCCUCCGACCCUGUCGCAGUCGCAAGUCAACUCUGUUAGGAAACAACUAAAGAUGCUGCUAGUCAAUCUAAUAAAACAUCCCUCGUCAAACGAUAUGUUACCUCAACUAACACAGCUUUUAAUAGACAUCGGAAUGACCCAGCAAGAGAUUAACAAAGCGGUUCCUAAAGAGAGAAGGAACAAGCGAUUGGGAGAAAUUAAAACCGCGGACAUCCCCACCAAAAGAAUAAGAAUUGAUUCGCCUCAGAGCAACAGUCAAGGCAGCGACAGCAACAGCCGGAGCGAGUUCAAUUAUGACGAUGACAGCCAAACUAGUUUAUCUAAACAACCAACCGUUACUGAAGAUACGCUAUUUGAAGGGCUCGAUAAUGCAGAUAAUGUAGUCAACCUGGUGACAGCUACGCUACUUAAUAAUCUACCAAGUGAAAUGCCCAGCAGUUUUGUAACUUUGUACAAGCCCAUACCGAAUGCAGGCAGCAAAGUUCAGAAGAGAUCUCUCGCUAAAAUGAUACACAGUCUCAUCAAGGACGAAACUGCGCCAGCACCCGCCCCCGUCCCGGCGCCCGUACCACCUGUCCCUGAAACCAUUAAAAUCCCGCUACUAAGGGAUGAUGAAGAAAAGAUCACACUGAAGCAAGCAGUAGCCAAACUGCAACAGUCUACCAAUGCUGACAGAGAAGCAGAGAAAAUCAUGGAAGAAACUAGGCAAGAUUUCCUCAAGGAAGAAGAACGGAAGAACAAAGAAAAAGAAAAGGCCAUUCCUCCACAGACUCCCACAGUUCCUAAGCUAAAACAGAAGGUGAAACUACUUAAACUGCAAGAGAUCACUCGGCCGAUACCAAAGGAAGUAAAGGAGAGGUUAAUUCUACAAGCGGUCACCAGGAUUCUCAACGCAGAGAAGGAGGCCGCGAUAGGCGGAGCGUCGACUAUACGCGGAAAGUUAAUCACAAUCUUCGCUUCAAGCUACACACCAGAAAUACGCGACCUAGUGCUCAAUUACAUCCUAGAAGACCCAACCAACCGUAUAGACUUAGCUCUGUCGUGGUUGUACGAGGAAUACUCCUUCAUGCAGGGUUUUAGCCGGCACCCUGUCACUUUACAGCCGAAGAUGCAUGAGAAACACGAUCAGAAUUACAAUCAGUUGCUGUGUGCGCUGAUAACGCAGGUGUGUGAGCGCGUGGAGCCAGUCGUUGAAGGCGCCAAGGACAUGUUGCUAAGGAAGAUAUACUUGGAGGCCCCGCUGGUGACCGAGGAGUCUGUUGACUACUUGAAGCACCUGGUGGCGGAAAACAACGUGCCCGUGCUGGCGCUGGAGAUUUUGGAGGAGUUAUGUUUGUACAGAGCGCCCUGGGCGCAUAAGUACGUGGCUGCACUCGUCUGUAAUGUCAUGAGUCAAAACGAAGAAAUACGUGACCUAGCACUCAAUGCUACCCUCAAAAUCUACGCUAGCAGCACGGAAGCGGUUAAAAAAGUGAUCGAAAAACACGCACGGCUGUACCUCGGUUUCAUCGCGAUGCCGAACCCGCCUAGCGAGUUCGCGGGCGACCAGGCCCGCCACGGCGUCCGACCCACGUGGACCGACGACCUGUAUAAGAUGUGCCUUAACUUGGCUAUGGCGCUGUUUAUGGAUAAUGAGGAUCUGAUGGGCGAGGUGGGCCGCGUGUACGGCUCGGCGCCGGCGGAGGGCAAGCGCGCCGUGCUGCGCGCCGCCGAGGCGCCGGCGCGCGCCGCCGCCGCCGCCGCCGCCGCGCGCCGCCGCGCCUUCCUCGCGCUGCUCGACGACUGCCCGCGCGGCGCAGACACGCUGCUCACCAGGCUGCUGCAUAUUUUCACUGAGAAAUGCCCGCCCACACAGGAGCUGGUGUCGCGCGUGCGUGCGCUGUACGCCACGCGCGUGUCCGACGUGCGUUUCCUCAUACCCGUGCUCAACGGGCUCUCCAAGAAGGAGAUACUAGCCGCGUUGCCAAAGUUAAUAAAGCUGAACCCGAUGGUUGUGAAAGAGGUGUUUAACAAGUUGCUCGGACUGCAGAACCCUAACGAGGAAGUUUUACCAGUCUCACCUGCGGAGUUGCUGAUAGCGCUACACCUGAUCGACCCCGGCGUGGUGGACCUCAAAUACAUCAUCAAAGCCACCGCGCUGUGCUUUGCUGAGAAGCAGGUCUUCACACAGGAGGUGCUAGCAAUAGUGCUACAGCAACUGAUCGAAGAGCCAGACAUACCGGUGCUGCUCAUGCGGACCGUGCUGCAAGCGCUCACACUGCACCCUUCGCUGCAGCCGCUAGUGCUCAACAUACUGCAACUGCUCAUUGAGAAGGAGGUGUGGAACAACAAGGUGGCGUGGGAAGGCUGGGUGAAGUGUUGCGAGCGCACGCUGCCGGGCUCGGCCGCCGUGCUGCUGGCGCUGCCCCCGCAGCCGGCGGCGCUGGCCGCGCAGGUGCCCGCACUGCGGGCCGUGAUCAACAGUACCCGCCAGUGCCCCCACCAGGAAAUCCUCACGGAAACCCUCUAG